CGUUUGAUGGAUUUCUCUUCUUCCACACAAUCACCAUUCGAAGCUGUUUCGGAGGAAAGWAGUGCUGCCUCGACGAUAGUCGAUCGAUAAUCACURAUUGUGCCGUAAUUUAGUCAUUUAAUUUUGCUAGGGAAGAAAGAAUCGAAGGAUCUUGACUUCGAAAACAGUAGUGCUACAGUAUGGGAGGAGGUAAGCCGAAAAAUUUGUCUCGCUUUUUAAAGUUGAAGACGAGGCCGGCAAGGAACGACAUUUUCUGCAAAGGAUGGCAACCUGCGGGUUCACUCGUAUCUGGAACAAACUAUGGAGUUCACAUUCUGUUCAUAAAAGAUGAGUACGGCCAAGACAAUAGAACAGCACAACUGUUUCUUCGGCACGUGUUAAGGUUCCAAACGAAGACASUUUCUAGCUUCCAUGAUUGCUGUUGUUCUUGUCGUCGGUUUUGGUGAGAUGCGUAGGUUACCGGUCGAGAGCAUCUUGCCAUUCCAUCCUUAACCGUGCCGUCCGACGUCGCAUCGAUUUCUCCGUGCACUCAAAACCGGAAUGCCUACGGAAACCGUAAUCGUACUUUUGGUCUGUAUCGCUCUGGACGUGUUGUCUGGUCGAGUGGUUCGUGUCGCGCGCCGUGCACUAUUUUUCAAAACCACUAAAAAAGAUGGCUCGCGCUCUUUGCGCGCGAUUGUGGGCAAUUAAAAAACCGUGUUGCUUGUCGUGCGCAUAAGCCUUUUCACCAGCAUGACGAAUCCCAGAAUGUCGUUCGCAUGGACGCUCUCGAAAAAUUGGACGCACUUGUCUGGCUCUGUUGAAUUUGCGUGUCUGCACACUUGGGAACCAAUACGUCUUCCUCGGUGUCCAUGCUCCAAAUGCAUACCUAGGACGAAAUAAAUGAUCCCAUUCUUACCGGAAUCGAAACUACCAUGCCACUCGAUCUAAUAUUUGAUGCUGUUCCUUUCUCUGAAUCCCCACACGCUCUCCCGAACAACAACAACAACAAUAAUAAUCACCACCGUAUCUCACGAACACCAAUAACGCCCUAGAACGACGACGAUCAUCGCACCGACAAGUUUCCCCGAACGCCGAGGAGCUAAAAACACAUUACAACAAGGCCGACGAAGAUCGCCGUUACCACGCAAAGCAGCAGCGCCGUUCUUCGAGUCGCCGUCUCAGCGGUGGUAGAAAGAACCAGGUCCACCCAGCAGCGAUGACAAGAAACGAUGGGAAUUCACCGAGCACUACGMAGCAACGGAGGUUGAAGAAAAAGCCGAACCUGACCGUGGACACUUCGAACGCGKCAUCAAAUGGUGGCGAUCACCACGAACACCGCAGCCCGUCGACYCCUCACGGAGUUCGCGGAAGCCGUGACCUCAGGUCUCCCGGAAUGCAAAACUCGCCCGUUGCAGCAGCGGGGGCCAUUCCGGACUUUAUCACACAAACCGAUGCCCACGGAAACGCCACUACGCCGCGGUCGGCCAAGGCGAUUGAAGGGGCCACGCGUGCUGCGGCGACGAAGGCUCGGUCGAGGAGUCACCGGGGGCGAAAGCAGCACGAGGAGGACGCAAGCGAUAGCAGCAGCGACGCUAGCAAGGACGCAGCAGGAGAAGCCUGCGACACCUUAGUGGACAGUUUUCGAAUGAUUUGCUGCUGUCUCGCACCUACCGGUAUGGUGCAAAGUGGUGCGACCACGAAGAGCAGACUAUCGAGCAAGGAAACCCAGGACUCGGAGGAGAAUAUUGACGACGCCAAGGAUUCGGUGGCAGACGAUCACAACCGUCCCAAACUGUUGGGUGCGAUUCAUCCGGAAGAUACCGGGAAGAAGUGCCUCGUUUUGGACCUCGAUGAGACCCUGGUCCAUUCUAGCUUCCGAGCCGUGGAAGGCGCCGAUUUCGUCAUUCCAGUAAAGGUGUGUAGUGGUGAUUUUUCCCUCUUGUGGCUUUUUGCGGCUUCUUCGAAAACUUCGCUGACCUUGUCUUUCUUUCGCUCACUCGAACAUCUUUUUCAAUGAUAGAUCGAUGAUGUCGUCCACUUUGUGUACGUCAUGAAACGGCCCGGAGUCGAYGAAUUCCUCGUGGAAAUGGCAAAACACUAUGAGAUUGUGAUAUACACGGCCAGUCUCAACAAGUACGCCGACCCUCUCUUGGAUCUCUUGGAUCCACACAAGACCAUUCGUUAUCGUUUGUUCCGUGAAUCCUGUGUAUUUUACGAGGGAAACUACGUGAAGGAUUUAUCGGUMUUGGACCGAGAUCUGUCGAAAACGAUCAUCAUCGACAACUCUCCAAAUUCGUACCUUUUUCAUCCCGAAAAUGCCAUUGAUUGCUCUUCCUUCAUUGACGAUCCAAGAGAUAGGGAGCUCGAUCAAAUUGGAUCGUUCCUGACGGGCAUUAAAAAUGCCAGGGACGUCCGCGGGCUUGCGCCCCAGUGGAAAGACUGGCCCGUGAUUGAUCCUAUUGAAGAAGAAGACGAACUCAUUAGGUGAUGACGAAUCAUUGACUAACUCAUCUGCUGCCCGGUAUCAUUUUGAAAAAACGAAGUAUGAGAUGCAGAUUUUCAACACCAGACUUUGUACAAAUGCAAUACUACCACCACCACCACAUCGCUUGGUGUUACUUUCGCGAACACCACUUCUUUCUUCAUAAUAAUAAGUCAUUACAACAAAAGAUAGAGGAUCGAUUUAUCAAAACCGUUAUCUACAAUAAAACACGCAAAAGUUUGUUCUGUAUUCGUUGGAACUGCACCUAUGAUUUGGCAUCGUGCAUCCAGAGAGAGCGACUUUGAGUAGUUGGUGCUUGGCAAGAGCGUAUAUUCUCUCGACUCACACAGAUCUGGAUACUUCGGCUUCUCCAGUCGUUUCAUGAAUCCUAGGAAAGUCGACUGCCGUGGUGUGAACCAUCAUUUCAUGAGUUACAAUAUUCAAAUAAAGUUAAAAGCUAUYGGAAAGUGAUCACGAUUACAGUUCGCCGUCUAUACUAUCAUCAUACCCGGUGGCGGCCUUGGUCUCGGUCUCGACGUUGCGACGCCGCACGAUCAUCUUUGGAGUGAGUUUUACCGCMUCGUAGCCGGCGGCCCAACCAGCAACGAGAUCGAUGUUCCCGAUAGGUCUCGAUGGUGGUUCCCUCGAAUGCUCCUGCGGUCCAUCUGCCGCAACAGUUUCCCGAAACGCGUCGGCAGAUUCUAUUUUGAGUAGAACGUGAUCGUCGUGCUGCCUCGAAAAGGACCGAUUCCCAUCGCACACAGCACCCGGUCCUACAAACGAGACCCCCUCUCCGGCGACGUCGAUCACAAACUGGACAU